AGUGGUGCAUGAUUCUUGCUCUGUUCUGGAGACCUUCACUUCAGUUGCAUGGUGUGUGCUUAGCUCACUUGUUCAACACAAUCUACGGGGUGCAUAGCAUCCAAGAAGAUUAGUCAGGAUUUCUCAGUCGGGUCAGUGUAGUGUUUUAAGAGAUUGACUGCAAGAACUGGUUGUCUUGUGUGGAGAAGAAAGAGUUGUGAAUUGAGAAAGCUCCGAACUGCAGCAAGACAUAAAUUCAUUAACCGGCUGAGCCACAGUGACGGAGCACUGCCAGACUGGGGUUGCAGUGGUAGCUGUGGACUGCAAGAAUGGGAGCGUUGGUGUGUGGAGUGCAAAGAGGGUGGAGGUUGGAAGUGGGCUGCUGGGUAGCUGUACUCCUGCUGUGCUCUGCAAGAUCAGUCUUAAUGUUCUCUGAUACCUUACCAUGCAGUGGAGGUGACUGUCACCAUACAAACGAUAGACGAGCUGCAGAUGCUGGGCAGUGCCAAGUCCCUGAUUCCAGUCCACUGAGGAUAGGAGAGUCUCUGUUCCAUUCCAGCCAGAUAAUGCGUGGAACUGAGGCAGUGGACCUGUGCCUCGUCAUCUCAACAGUCAGCUCCAUGUCCAAUUCUCAGCUCUGGCUCCAGAUCGCCGUACCAGUCCUAGACGGCCAUCUCCUCACUCUUGGCAUCGGAAACGGAGACCUCAGAAAUCGGUACUGCCUCGUGACGUUUGGAGGGAACUCUGCAACCAAGUUCAUCAGAGUGAAUGGAGAAACCUUCUUCUCUUACAAUCAGUUCUUCCUCGCCCGGCGCCAACUCAGUAGGUCGUCCGGGACCACUUGUGACGGCUACGAAGCCAUCAAUUUCACAAUCAGCAAUGCCCCCUUUCGAGAGCACCCCAAUGUGGCAAAGGUCAUCGUCUUGGUAACAGACUCUGACAGGACACGUCCAUCGACAAGGAGUGAUCUUACUCGUGAUGUAAUGCUCCAGACCCUGUACACCCGACACAUUGCCCUCGACACUGUGGUAUCUAUCUCUCUUCAACUUUCCGAGCAGAGAGAGAGCACCGUUCUGGGGUUCCACGGGUACCGGAAGGCGUCAAUCCUCCGUCCAGAUGGCGGCUACGAGAUGUCGCAGAACCAGAGCGUCCGCUUCACCUAUGCCAUGGGUCAGACAAUCUCCGAUUAUGUGGCGCUCUCUCUAGCACUCGAGAGCUCCUCCUGGCCUCUCGGGCUCCUGGACAAUGAGGACUACAACACCAUCCUAUCGUUUGCCAACGCCUUCGCCAAUGCCCACGGGCUGUUCCCGGCGCUGCCUGUGGAGGUGUGUGAAGAAUGUCGCUGCGGAGUAGAAGCCACACUCUCCUGUGAACAGCCAGUUGAUCAGGAGCUCUGCCGAUGUCUUAUCAACCAAACCCAUUCUCAGUGUGGUGUUGUAGCUCCAACUCCAACUGCAACAUACGUCACCGCCUACCUUGCACCCACCUCGACUCCUGUACCAGUUGCCAUGGAGAUGAGUGGUCAUGUGACGUCAAUGAGGGGAGACACUGUCGUUUUCUUCUCCAGCAACCGUCGCCUAGCAACCUACCAGUGCAUCCUCAUGCCCGACAGAAUCGAGAACCCGAUCAUUAACCCCUGUACCAGUCCGUACCACGUGAACACCCCGACCCCGGGCCGAUACUCGAUCCUCGUUCUGGGCCGGAAUGGAGACCAGGAAGCCUCUCUACUACUGUGGUUCCAAGUCAACCCCUCGUCGGGCAGGCUGGACGUCUCCACCAUCCAGCAGUCUAUUGCACCUAACGCCAGCGUCCUCGUCACGUUCGCAGCUAACAGAGUUGACGUUGAAUUUCAGUGCUCCACUGGAGAUGCCCCCUUCCAGAGAUGUACCAGUCCAUACCGGAUACUGCCGAGGGCUCCCGGGGUGAGAGAAGACGUUUUCAUCGUCUUGGCAACCGACAGCAAUGGCAAGGCAGCUGCCUCGGUUCUGAAAAUUGAUGACCCCACAAUCUCCCCGCCAACAACUGCGGCGCCGGGGCCUGUCAUGAUUGAGGUGUGGGCAAAGCUGCCAGAUCCCGAUGGAGUACUGCGCAUCUGUUUCAGACCCACCAGAAACGACGUCACCUGUAUCUGCCAGAUUGACUCCCAGGGCCCUGGGAUCCUCUGUUUCAACCGGACGACAGGUCGCGGUGAGUACUCAGCCUCUCCAGAUGAACUGGGCACUGGACCGCACAGUCUGAGAUUGACCUGCAUGGACGACGACGCCUACUCCACUUCCGAGACGGUCAAGUUUAACUUGGCCGAACCUCCCUUGGCUCCUCCCCCCACCGAGUCCCUCCACUGCAACCUGUCAUUAGUAGGCCCUGACGAGAGGGGCAUCCUCAGAGCCACCCACGACUGCAGCAGAGCAGUCACCUCGCUCUGCCAGGUCUCCAGACUCCCCGCCAUCUCCUGUGACAGACUGUUUGAAUUCAACACGGCGCCGCUGGGUCCGGGACCCACGCCUUCGUCCUGGUGGCUGAAGAUGGGUUUGGCGAGUCUAUCAUGAAGGUCUUUCCCUUCUUUAUCGAAACAGCCCAGAGAAAGUGCUGUCCUCAGAUAGCGUCCAACCUGACCACCAUCUCCAUCGAGAGAGAUCUACUGGUCCAUCUUCACCUCAGCGUCAAUCCUGGCAACUGCUCACUCAACGAGGGAUUCAGUUAUGGAAUAAACUGGGGCGAUGCAGCGAGUGAAUCCGGCACAAAAACCCAUCUCAGUAAUCUCCACACGUCGCGGCAGUACUCGGUCGCUGGCGAGUACAGCAUCAAUGCUGUCUACUGCAACAAUCCCGCAGCCAACGAAGACACUUGCUGCUCCUCCGUCGUGUUAACCGCGGACUUGAACUCUUCACAACAAACAACGUAAACGUAAACAACAAACAAUUUCGCUGUUGUUGUUGUUUGUUUGUAUUGUGUUCAUUCCGUCUACCCUGUGUGUUGUGUGCAACACCCAACCAUGUUGACUUAUAGGUUACGUUAAAAUCAAAGCAAAAAAUAGCCGCAUGUCCCUACACAUUAUUAACUAUUACAAUCAUAAGAAUCAAAAUCAAAAUUCUGACAUAUUUGAUCAUCUCCAUCCGCCAGCGUUUUCUUAUCAUUAUUUUUGUAUUUCUAUCAUGUAAUGAAUGCCAGACAAAAGUCUCUCUCAUCUAUUAUUAUUAUUAUUAUUAUUUGAUUAUGAUAAUUGCUAAUGCAAAACCCGCGAAUGCUGCCAAAACGUCAAUAAGGAGUUAGAUUUUGACUCUGCGACAUGAACCCCUCAGUAGUGGCGCUGUACGUGUAUCUGUCCGUUGCAAAGUCUGUUGAUCACACCCACUAGCUUGUCUUGCAACUGAUCAACAUGCCCAGGUGGUGUAUAUCCAUCAUCGGAUGACCUUUGUAUGUAAAAAGUGAGUUCUAAAAACCCCUCUACCAUAUGUGAGUUUUUGAUAUAUAC